CAUAGCGGCACUGAGCAGGAAUCCCCGUCGGAUGUGGAUGUGGUGUUACGCGAUGAUGCCCACGACACGCACAUAAACAGGCGUCCACAUGUGCGUCGGGGAUGCUCGGCACUGCGCACACGUCCGGAGGAGCCCUGAUCAACAUCCCCCUGCCCUGCCGCCGCGCAGGAAUCGGACUUUUCUCAUCUCCCAUCCUGCCCGCCAGUUCCUCUCCACUCCAGCAUCUCGAUCUUUUUUUUUUCCCCCUUCUUUUUUUUUUCUACGUUUCAUGUAAAAUAACUGAUUUCCCUCGCAGGUGGAUCGCGCGCGUUUAAGAGGAAGAUUGGUGGUUCGCCCGUUCCAAAGCGUUAAUCGGAUUAAAGUCACCUUUGGACAACUUGGCUGUUGCUUGAAUGGGAUACCUGGAUGAGAUACCAACUCCCCUCCGCUCACUUAAAACUGAGGGAAACCUGCUGUUUUUGCUGAUCCGGCGUUUUGAUGAUCGCAUUUCCUUACUGACUGAUUAAUAGAAAAGGGUAAUUCAAUCAGAUUAUAGCACGAUUGGACAAGUGGAAGAUGAGAGCGUCCAGCCCACUUCUUAUCCUUCUCUAUGUUGUGGUCACCAGGAGCUUGAAAGUGGUGUCCAAGAGAGGCUCAGUGGACGGCUGUACAGAUUGGUCAGUGGACUACCUGAAAUACAAAGUGCUUCUGGGGGAACCAGUUCGGAUUAAGUGUGCUUUAUUUUAUGGAUACAUCCGUGCAAACUAUAGCCACGCCCAGAGUGCAGGACUCAGCCUUAUGUGGUACAAAAGUACGGGCCAUGGGGACUUUGAAGAGCCCAUCUCUUUUGACGGAGUGCGGAUGAGCAAAGAGGAGGAUGCCAUAUGGUUUCGACCAGCAGAACUGCAAGACGUGGGACUCUAUUCCUGUGUGUUAAGGAAUUCCACAUACUGUAUGAAGGUGUCCAUGUCCUUAACUGUGGCAGAGAAUGACACUGAUCUCUGCUACAAUUCAAAAAUGAGGUACCUGGAGAAAGCAGAACUGAGUAAAAGCAAAGACAUCACAUGUCCAGACAUUGAGGACUAUGUGCAGCCUGGGAAGGAUCCGGGGAUUGUAUGGUACAAGGAAUGUAAGCCGAAGCAAUGGAGGCAGAGUACUGAGAGAAGAUGGGAAACCCUCUCCAUCCAAGAAGUUAGCGAAGAGGAUAUUGGAAAUUACACAUGUGAAUUACAGUUUGGGGCAUUUGUGGUCCGAAGAACCACAGAACUGACAGUCACAGCUCCUUUGACUGACAAGCCCCCUAAGAUCCUUUAUCCUUCAGAGAACCAGCUGACCGCUAUGGAGUUGCAGAUCGGAGGCCCCGUCAACCUCACCUGCCAAGCUUUAUUUGGCUACAGUGGAGACGUCAGCCCACUCAUCUACUGGAUGAAAGGGGAGAAGUUCAUUGAGGACCUUGAUGAGAGCAGAGUUCAAGAAAGUGACAUCAAGAUCCUUCGGGAGCAUCUGGGAGAACAGGAAGUGUCAGUCUCUCUGACAAUUGACGCUGUGGAGGAAGCGGAUCUGGGAAACUACUCUUGCUAUGUAGAAAAUGGCAACGGAAGACGCCAAGCCAGUGUUCAGCUCACCAAACGGGUUGAGCUGAUGUACACGGUGGAGCUCGCUGGAGGAUUAGGGGCCAUCCUGCUCUUACUAGUGUUCCUGGUCACUCUUUACAAGUGCUACAAGAUCGAGCUCAUGCUCUUCUACAGGAAUCACUUCGGCAGCGAGGAUGUGGAUGGAGAAAAGAAGGACUAUGAUGCAUAUCUGUCCUACACCAAAGUGGACCCAGACCAGUGGAGUCAGGAAACUCGAGAGGAGGAGCGCUUUGCCCUGGAGAUCCUGCCCGAUGUUCUGGAAAAACAUUAUGGGUAUAAACUCUUCAUUCCAGACAGGGACUUGAUCCCAACAGGAAGUUUCACCAAUGAUCAUUUCCAGGAUGAUACAAGACUCCUUAGAGCAUACAUUGAGGACGUGGCACGCUGCGUGGACCAGAGCAAGAGGCUCAUCAUCAUCAUGACGCCCAGCUACGUGGUGCGGCGUGGCUGGAGCAUCUUUGAGCUCGAGACACGACUGCGCAACAUGCUGGUGACGGGAGAGAUCAAGGUGAUCCUGAUCGAGUGCGCCGAGCUGCGGGGCAUCAUGAACUACCAGGAGGUAGAGGCACUCAAGCACACCAUCAAGAUGCUCACUGUUAUCAAGUGGCACGGGCCCAGCAGCAACAAGCUCAAUUCCAAGUUCUGGAAACACUUGCAGUAUGAGAUGCCCUUCAAGCGCACAGAGCCCAUCGUCUCCCGUGAGCAGGUGCUGGACGUGAGCGAGCAGGGACCCUUCGGCGAGCUUCAGACGGUCUCCGCCAUCUCCAUGGCGGCUGCCACCUCCACCGCCAUGGCCACGGCGCACCCAGACCUGCGCUCCACUUUCCACAACAGCUACCACACCCAGAUGCGGCAGAAACAUUACUACCGCAGCUAUGAGUACGACAUCCCGCCCACCGGCACCCUGGGCAGCCAGCACACUUACUGCAACAUCCCAAUGACUCUUUUGAACGGACAGCGGCCACAGGCCAAAUCACAGCGUGAGCACAGCCUGGAGGAGGCGCACGCCAACAAUGCCAUGCUGCCUCUGUUGCCACGGGAGACCAGCAUAUCCAGCGUCAUUUGGUGACGGUACCAGCAGCCCGGAAUCCGCGCGGUGCGUCGCGGCCGAGGUGUGGGGCUCGGACCCUCGCUGCAACUGCUGCUGAACUCUCUCAGCGAUCCGCAGGGGGAUUGAGAGCGGGACAGAGACUCCCAUGGAGCUUCCCUACAGAAAGACCCGAGGAAUGGAAACACACACACACACACACACUUUCACUUGUGCAC